CCCCGGAUCUGCAGAAGAAGUGAACUGAGCUGAGAGGCGGUUGUUGUGGUUUGGUUGCUGAGCGGCGCUCUGAAACACAGCAACACAGAGAAACACAGAGUCUGAAACAGAGAUGAUUACCUGAGCUCAGGAACCUGUACACCUGCUUCACAGCCUCAGAAAUGAAGAAGAAGAAGCUGCAGAGUGUGAGGAGCGGGAGGAGAGUCAUCAGUGAUGUUUCUCCUUCCACAAGCGUUCCUCCUCUUGUGGAAGGGCAAGUUCGAUGUUUCCUGAGAGUCACAGUGAGUAGAGUGCUGUGGACCAUAAACAGACCUCCCCCGGUGACGCUGGUUCGUUUGAGAUGGUGGGGGGAGUCCAGCGGUGGAACAGUCUUCUGUCCGAGAGACGGAUCCUUAACUCGACAGAAAGAUGUUAAAUCCACCUGCCGUUUUCCAGUCCGAUGUGGACCCAAGCAGUUUACUUCAUAUCUGACAGAUAUGGGCUCCUUGGUGCUGGAUGUUCUUACGAAGCCUGACCACUUGCCCAUAGCACGAGUACAAAUAGCUGGAAUUGCUAGAUUAUCUCUGUCCCAUUCUAUAAAUGGGUUUUUUACCCUUGUUUCACCAACAUCUGAAAAACUGGGGGAGCUUCAGGUCGCACUUGCACUGGAGCCACUGACAGAAACGUAUGACAGCAGUGGCUCAGUGCCAACCACAGACAUGAGCACUGACGCUGCAGUGCCCGCUCCUGGACUGAUCUCAGAUCAGGGCCUGCUGGCACCUCCUCUGGUCCAACUGGGCCCAAGCAAAAUAGGCAGAGAGUCCGUUGAAGGCAGUUCCAGCAGCACCCCAAGGGGGAAGGAUCACCUGUACUUUCAAGAAAGAGGAGUCCCCAUCAGAAGCCGGUCACCACUGAAGCCUGACAAUAUCUCUACGCACCAAAACCUACAUUCUUAUGGAUCUCGUUCUGGAAUUGAACCUUCACUUAACACAGAUAACAACCCAGGUGUCCACAUGCCCUCAGGAGACAGUCGUGCAUCUGUUGAUCUUCUCUCUGUUCUACUUGAGCGUGGUAGCAAGCUUAGGAAUGCCAUGGUGGUUUCAGCACUGAAGUCUGAUACAGAUUGUGAUGUUCUGAAGGACACUCCCCUGCCUCUGCCAAGAGACAACAUUGGUAUCUCUCCUUUAUCACCACCCGUGCCUUCAUCUGGGCAGCUACUGCAGAACAUCCUCCACUCAGAUCUCCAUAAUUCAUCUCAGGACCCUGAUCACCUCAGGCCAGAGGGGACCAUAGACACGCAUGAUGUAGCUGUGGAUCUGCUGCUUGGAAGUGUGAAUGGAUCUGUGCUUCCUAUUUGGGAUGGAGAUGGAUCCCCUCAAGGUUCUCUCUCAGGCUGCAGCAGUGUGAUGAUGGACAGUGAACUUGGUGAUCCUCAGUUUGACCAGAGUCUUCUGGAGAACCUGUUCUACAAAGCUUCAAGGGCCGACAGCUGUCUGAGUGAAAAAGAAGAAGAUACUCAGAAGAAACCGAGCUCAGAGAAAAAUAACAGGCUGGAUUCAGGUGUUGGGCAGCAUGUAGGAGCAGAGAGCGUGUUCUCUGGACUCAGUGUGGACAGGAUUGCAUGUCUUGGAAGCAUCCAUGUGGCCAGAGUAGUCAUUCUCCAGCUAACUGUCCCCACAGACAGUGUCUCUAAUACAGCCAGGAAACUCUCAGGGAAAGGGAAACCCCCUCGACCCCUUACCUCUAAGAAAUGCUCAUAUUUUGUGGAAUAUCUCUUUCCACUUCCACUUACUGAUGAUAAGACCGGGUUGGCUGUGCCUGCAGAAGUUACUCGGGUGGUGUCCAGUAAAGUUGUAGAUGGAGUGGUAAACUUUCAGCAGCGGACCGUCUUCCCAGUGCAUUUCAGUGGCCCAACCAUUAAACAAUGGUGGGACACAAGCCUUACUUUCAAAAUCUUCUGCAGGAAGAGCUAUCAGAAAAAGCCUGUUCCUGUAGGGGUGGCCAAGUUCCCCCUGCGCACUAUUCUUCAGAGUGAUCGACUGUCUAUCACUACUGCCAUUCCUAUCCAGAAGCUUGAUGUGGAUUCGGACAAAGAGGACAUUGGACCCCUCAAGGUCUCGCUUGAGCUGGCAGCAGACAAGAAAGAGUUCUCCUCCAAAAGCAGGUCAGGAAAAAACACUCUGAGUCCAGCUGCAUCUCCACGGAAAGCUCCUCUCCCUGAAGUAGAUAUUUCUCCUGAUCCACAAGGUGAAGGACCCAGCGGGGAUUUUCCACCUGUCUUUGAGUUCGACAGCAGAAGAGGUCCAUCCCCUUUAACAGUUCCUCCACCACAGAACAUCCUGAUGCCCAGAAUCAGGUCCCGGUCCUCCUCCCCCCGAAGUAGAGUUCAAAACUCCCCCCAUAAGACCCCUCAAAGUGCGGAUGAGGACGAGAGGGAACUUCUACUCCAUACUCUGCUUGUGGUGCCAGAUGGCAAGGACUUUAGCUGUGCACCCAUGCAGCCCAAUGUCUACCUAAACUGUAAGCUGUUUGGCUCUGAGGAGACCACCAGAUCGGUAGUCAGCUGGGGUCAGACACAUCCGACGUUUAACCUGGUUCAGGUUGCACCGGUGGCUCUUAAUUCCAGGUUAUUGGAGAGAAUGAAGAAUAAUGUGAUGAUUAUAGAAGUUUGGUUAAGAGCAGGCAGCUCUCAUAAUGAUAAACUCCUGGGGCUGGUUAAACUCCCUCUACACCAGUUCUACAUGUCGUUCAGAGACCCGAAGAUUUCCCAGCUGCUGCUGAAGUCUCAGUAUCCAGUGCUGGCAGUGGACAGCUACAUGCCUGUCGUGGACAUCUUCACUGGAGGAACUCGGGGGAGCCUGAGGGUGUGUCUGGCCAUGGGCCUGUCCCAGCAGAUCACGUCCCUCCAACGCAUGAGAGACGAGGAACUGGCCUCUGUGUCUCAGAUACCCAGACCAGCCCACCUGCUGGAUCACAGACCAGUUCCAGAGAUAAAGGCGAAUGCUGCUCCCGCCACGGCUCUGAAUGAACACGUGUUUGUGGUUCGAGUGGAGAAGGUGAGAGGACUGACUCCUCUCCAGUCCACCGUCUGGGGAGAAGCAGACUGCUACAUCCACUACUCGUUUCCUGCUCAGGAGGACGAUGCCAGGCAGGAUGUUGACCCACAUGUAGUGGAGAGCAGUGUGAAUCUGAAGUCGUACCGAACUGUCACCACACUGUGUGUGCCUGAUCCAGUGUUUGGUCACUCUGAGACCCACGUUCUUGUGGCUUCUCCAGCUGUUCCAGUACAGAGACUGCUGCUCAGCUCUUUGGCCAGCCAGGGUCCCAGCGCUGGGGGAGGAAUCCCGUUUGAAGUGUGGUGCAGGUAUUAUUACCCAAAUGUUCGAGAGCAGCUGGUAGCCAGAGGGGUGCUGCCGAUGGCCAAGCUGUGUGCCAUGGUGACGAUGCAGAGACAAGGCCAAACCGAAGCCCAGCUUUUCUCCCUUCCACUGAUACCAAGAACCGACAGACCUUCUGAUGUCCAGCCUCAGCCCUCAGGGCUUCUGGAAGUGAGUGUUCAGUACAGGACUCGGCCAGUAAGGGGCACUGGUGUGAGCAGUGGAGCUUUGGCAUCCCGCAUGGUGAACCUGGUGGUGCAGGUGCACAGAGCUGCUGGUCUACAGGCUGCAGCACGGGCUGCAGCACUGCAGUAUUACUCUGAGGUUGGAGUGAACUGCUUUGUUACAAUACAGCUGUCCUUACUGUCGGAGAGGGAGAGCAGGAGUACUCGUGUGGUCGCACGGAGCUUCUCCCCAGAGUUUGAGUAUCAUGCAGAGUUCUGUUGUCAGAUGUUGGUGCAGAGGGACACUGGUGAGAGCGUGAGUCUGGUGGAGCUGCUGGAAGAUGCUGUGGCGGUAUUCACUGUUUACAACAGAGACACGCGAAAGGGUGUUGGUGCAUCGACACCUAAGGACACUGUAUUGGGCUCAGUGAGAAUUCGUCUAGCAGACCUCUUGCAUAAAAGAACAGGCAUAUCUGGUUGGUAUGGUCUCUCUCUUCCUCCGAGCGCCUCAUCACAUUGCAACCUGACCACAGUCGGAGGGCUGGAGCUCUCCAUACACUUCAGCCAUCAUGCAGACCGAGAGCGUGUCCUCAGUUCAGCCCGCCUUCUGGGAUGGCAAGACAAGGGAGAUGACGGUGAGGAGAAGGAGGAGGAUAAAGAGGAAGGAGACUUGGGUUCAGAAAGAUGGCAGUCGCUGGGAUUAUCAGUCUCUAUGCCCAGAGCUUGGCUGCCCACCCACUGUCUGCUGCUCCCGGGUCACACCGAGCUCCAGCGAUCUACAUACUGCUACUACAGAUACAAGCUCUAUGACCAGGACACCUUCUGCUCUCAGCUGAGACAUCCCAUCUUGGAAGCGAUUGAGGAGGAGGAGUCAGGAAGAGCUGACUUAGACUCAGGCAUAGCCACAGUGGCUUUUCCAGGAAACCAGACUGCGGAGCUGAGGGGAAGCCAGCCCCUGCUCUGGUACCUGAGGGAGGAGAGGCUGGAGGUGCAGCUCUGGGUCUCUUUUGGGAAGGGGAAACGAACACGACCUCAUGACUCUGAUCGUCUCGUCGGCUCCGCCUUCCUCGAUCUUUCAACACUAACAAUAGCUUCAAAACAGAAGCUGACAAUAAGUGGUGUGUAUCCUCUGUUUAAGCGUUCUGCUGCUGAUCUGGGUGGAGCUGCCCUCAGAGCCCACAUCACUGCCACCACAGGUUCAGCCUGUCUUCCAGCCCCAGCCCUCCCUGAGGAGGAGGAGCAGGUGAGCAGCCCAGGAGAGGAAGAGGAGGACCAGGUUCCCUUAUCCAGACUCUCUCGCAGUGCAGACGGUGUGUCGAGGUGGUGUCGUGUUCCUAGCCGACAGCCCACCAAAUCAACCAUAAUCUCAGAACCGCAACCUCCUUCCCGCGGCGCUGAGCUCAGCGAGGAGGAGACCUUCACAGCCAGGAUCAGCGUGGAGAGAGCCAUGCACCUCAGCCUGAAGGGUUGUCCUCUGGCUGAACGUAGUGGUAGUCUCCCCAGCUGCUGUGUCUCGUACGCCGUGGCCGACAGCUCUGCUACACUGAGCACAGAUGUGGUACAAGACAGUGACUGUCCUGUUUGGGACCAUCAUCAGGAAUGCAGGCUGUCAAAGGAGCUACUUGUGGAUCCUCAGCAGGCACUGGUGUUCAAAGUCUGGCACAAAGGAGAGCUGGAGAGAGUGAUUGGCUUUGCUUCAGUGGACCUGUCUCCUCUGCUGUCUGGAUUUCAGUCUGUGUCUGGCUGGUACAACAUCACAGACUUCAGUGGCCAGUGUCAGGGCCAGAUCAAGGUGUCUGUCUCUCCUCUAACGGGUGUGCAGGAGCUCCGGCCCCAGAGGCUGGCCCUCUGUGAAAACACCAACACUGACUCCAGCUCUCUGUUUAGUGCCUUGCCACUGUGCUAUCAAACUACAGCUGUGUACAGCAGCUUCCCCAGCCACAUCACCCGGUUUCCUGAGCAGAGGAUCAGCUCCCCCUCCGACAUACUGCUGUCUGCCAGAUCUAGUGUAGCUGAUCGCCAUGAUGAACAUAUGGACAACGUUCGACGCUUCCAUCACGCUCUGCAGGAGGGCGAGAGUGCUCCACUGCCUUCCGGUGCUGGAGAUGCUCACCCAUCCAGCUCUGUCCUCUUCUCAGCCCUCAGGAAAAACCUCAGUGAGCUGGAUGACAUCCAAAAGUACUUCAGUCGCAAGCUGGCGACUCCAGUCUUUUCAGGAAUGGGUGAACAAGGCCGAGACACGAGGCAGGAGCAGCACAGAGAUUCAGAAACAGACACGGCACAGCUACUGCUCAAGUCCAACAAACUGGUGGGAGAAGUCAACAGCAUCAUUAAAGGUCUAGGCACUCGUCAGACUGAACCAGCAUCUUCAAACUCUCAGCUCAACCCAUCCACACCACCUCAGAGGGAAGUUCAUGUUUUCUCUGGUGUUAUUGGUUUAACACUUGCAGAGUCAGACAGCUGUGAUACGGAGGGCUGUUCUCCAAAAGAGCCAGAGAGGAAGCUGGAGGACAUCUCAACCUACACCUCACCUGCUGCAGAGCAACUCAGCCAGUCACCUGUCCCUGAAGAUGAGGACAUCCACCAGGACAACUCGUCCAGUGAGGAAGAGAAUGGCCAUAAAGAAGUGAACGAUGCAGAAGAGGAAGAUGAGGAGUUUGAGGAGACGUUGGUAGAGCCUCGCCCGCUGAAUGAGGUAACCUCAAUCACAGACAGGACCAGCCCCUGGACCAGUGUGCUGUCUGACCCUGAUCUCGGCUCUCUGGAGAGUCUGGAGGUGGAGGAGCCGCCUCUCUGGCACUCUCAAAACAUCACACAGGAAAAGAAGAGGAACAGCUCCGGUUUCCUGCCAGCUGCACCUUCGCAACAUCUGCCUUCUCAGCGUAAUGAUGACUCUGAUUAUUCUGAUGGGUUUGAAUCAAUUGAGGAGAUUGAGGCAGUUAAAGAUGUACAGAGUGACAGUGAGGAGCACAGUGAGGAGCAGGAACCUUGGGCUGCUGGACUGCAUCAGAAUUCUUCUCAGGGAACCAAGCAGGUAGGAGAUCAUGGCCAGCAUGACACGUCAGAAGAUGAUGAUGAUGAUGAUGAUGAUGAAGUGGAAGACAAAGAUGACUCACCGUUACCUCUCAGUUCAGGAUCUAGCACCAAGGAAAACCAUAAUGAGAAUGAUGAAAAUAAAACAAAUCUCUGUGAAGAUAUAGAGAUGCCAAACUUCUUUCUUCCAUCUCACCACCUGGAGGCUUCUAUGAGAGCUAUUCGUUUAGCUCCUGUGUUCCCAUCAGUUUUCUCUGAUCCAGAUGUGAAGUCUGCAGCUCAGCAUCGUCAUGUGACACGACCGAGGCUCAACCUCCAUUCAUCAUCAGCAAAUAGAGAAGAGACCAAAAGAAUUGCGAAAAUAUUUGCGUCACAUUUUACAGAGGAAUGUUAGUUUAUAACAGUUUUAUAGAUUGAGUUGUUUUUUUAUUGUAAUUGUUAACUGUUUGUUUUAUUUAUUUUCUAAUCUAUAUUUAUAUGAUUUAAAUAAUGUCCAAAUCUCAGAGAUGAAUUGAAUAAUGUGAGGAAUAAUAAGGCUGUGUAUUUGCUGUGUGAAUGUAUUGUUUUUUAUUUUUCUAAAUAAAGACGUUUGUAGUUUGUA